AUGUCUGGUGGGGGCAAGAAAAGAAAAAAGAAACCUGUCAAAGUUUUACGAUACUUUCCACUUAAACCACGUUUGCAAAGGUUAUUUAUGUCUUCUAAAACUGCUGAACAUAUGAGGUGGUAUUCUGUGGAUAGUAACAAAGAUGGCUUGAUGAGGCACCCGAAAGACUUUGAGGCAUGGAAGAGAUUCGAUGAAACACACCUUGAAUUUGCAUCAAAUCCACAGAAUGUUAGGCUUGGGUUAGCUAGUGAUGGCUUCAAUCCAUUCGGAACUUUGAGAAAGCAAAUGCCAGGGAAUGAUAUCGAUGUUUACUUACAACCCUUGAUUAAAGACUUGAAGGAUUUGUGGGAUGGUGGUGUGAAAACAUUUGAUGCUUCACUCAAUCAAAUGUUUAAUAUGCGCGUUGCAUUGAUUUGGACAAUUAGCGAUUUUCCUGGGCUUGAGUUUAGGAAUCUACCAGUGGAACUAUCAGGUUCUGAGAUAUUCAAGCAGUUGGAAAAUGUUCGUGUUACAUUUGGAAAAGGGAUGGAGGUUGAAGAUAACAGAAAAAGAACUCGCCGAAAAAAUAUUGAAGAAAGUGGUUGUCACCAAUGGAGAAAGAAAAGUAUAUUUUUCCAACUUCCUUAUUGGGAGUACAACUUGUUGCGCCAUAACCUUGAUGUUAUGCACAUUGAGAAGAAUGUGUGUGAUAAUGUCUUGUACACCAUUCUCAAUGAAAGUGGGAAAACAAAAGAUAAUCUCAAUGCUCGAAAAGCCUUGAAAGAGAUGGGCGUAAGAAGUGAUCUUUGGCCAAAUGAAAAUGAACAGUGUCGACCUACUUUAUUUACAAUGUCAAAUGCCCAAAAAGAUGUAUUUCUUACAACUUUGAAGAAUGUUUUAGUGCCAGAUGGUUACUCAAGUAACAUUGCUAGGUGUAUUGAUCUAAAGCAUCGGAAGAUAUUUGGUUUGAAAAGUCAUGAUUCAUGUAUUCUUAUGGAGAAACUACUACCAAUAUCAGUUAGAAAUGUGUUACCUAACCAAUUGUCUGUCGUUUUAGUUUAUUUGUGCUCAAUAUUUAGGCAAAUAUGUGGCAAGGUGUUGAAUCCUCUAGACUUUGACAAGCUCCAACGUCGAGUCAUUCUCACACAAUGCCAUAUGGAAAUGCUUUUUCCUCCUAGGUUCUUUACAGUCAUGGUUCAUUUGGUUGUGCAUCUAGUGAAUGAACUAAAGCUUGGAGGCCCAGUACAUUAUCGAUGGAUGUAUCCUAUAGAAAGAUACUUGGGACAUUUAAAGUCCUCUGUACGUAACAGGGCACAGCCAGAAGGUUCCAUUGCUGAAGGUUACUUAACUGAAGAAUGUUUGACCUUUUGUUCAAGAUACUUGGAGGGCAUUGAGACAAGAUUCAACCAGCUUGGACGUGUUGAUGAUCAAAUGACAAACAAUGAAUCGUCUCAAGUUUCAAUAGGGAUCAGACAAGAUGCUUUGCAGUUUACUUUAGUGAAUUUCUCUCGAUUGAUACAUACUGGUGAGCGUGAAGAAGAUGAACCUUCUAUUGAAGCUUCACAAGCGCAACAAGUGUACUAUGUUGAAGAUGUUGUAGAAAAGGAUUGGAGUGCUGUUGUACAUUUAAAACCAAGAGAUUUGUACGAUAUGGGUGAAGACAUUGAAGAGACAUUCCAUGAGAACGAGCCAUAUCAAGCACAAGACUUAGGGUUAUUUUUUCCUAAUGAUACUGGAAUUUUGUCACUCGCAAGAGCACAAAUAGAUGAUGAUCCAAUGCCUAAUGUUGAUGAUGAGGAUAUGUAA